CGUUGUGGACGCAAAAUAAGCGAAGAGAAAAUUGCUCAGCGACCGUAGUUAAAACAAUACCCGCGCACUGAAAUACAGCCGGGGCUGGCCUUGGUUCUGAAACGGCGGCCCACAUGACCGGAGUGGUGCAGCCUUCCAGCUCUAAACAGCCGUGCCGGUGCCGACUCUAAGCGGUACACCGAGCUUAACGGCUCAGUAAGGUGAUAAACGGCUCACCACAGCCUGUGGUAUGUUUCGUGUGACUCGUUGUUCGAGGAUUUGUUAGAAAGUGCCAGUGGCUCCGUGUGCCAUUCACUCAGGCUGUCGGUAUGCUCACGAUGUAGGCCGGUAAUUCUGCUGGAGGACAGAGCGGUGGAAUUUCUACACCUGUAGAGAAAACACAGCAAGAGAGUCAAAGGCCAAAGAAAGAGACUUCUGUAAUUCAUGUGCCCCUUAGUCUCUGCUGGGCAAGAUGAGUACAGACAGACCCAAACGGAAUAUCAUCAAGAAAAAAUAUGACAUCAGUGACGGGAUGCCAUGGUGUGAAGAACGUCUGGUCCGCAAAGUUCUUUUCCUCUCCCUCAGGGAAUUCAGAGACACACACCGUACCACACACAAACAAUCACACAUACACACACGUGCACACAACCGCACGUCGAGAAAUACACUCCUACAUGCUCCGCGAAAGGCACAGGCACUACCCAAUACACACACACAGAAAAACACACGAACAAGACAGAGUGUCCAUGUGUCACAACAAAGAGUGACACACAGACCACCACCAAACACACAUACACAGAAAAACACACACAGUUCACAAAAUAUGCACCUUUCAAAACACAUACACCAUCAUGAACAAAACAACAAAGGGCAAAAAACUAACUUGUCUCAGGACUCACACACACCAGAAAAUAAAUGUACCUACACACUACAGAAAAUGCAAACACAGUCAAAAUUAUGUACAGGGAAAAUUACAAACAUUGUACAGCCUACAGACAUACAAGAAAAUACACACACAUUCCAGAAGAAUUCUGUAUCAACCAGGACAUUACGCUCACACAAAACACAAAAUACCCUGUCGCUGCCGAACUCGAAAUACACAGAAAAUGAAAAACACGCACACAGUACUCAGCCCAAACACUCAAUGAAAAACACCAGCACAUCUGAAAACACAGAGACAUUGCUGAGCACUCCUGUCCCGGCCAGGACUUUGAGAUCACACACUCCCACCAGCCUCAGUGGCUCCCUGGUUAAUGGCAUCAGCCGGUGGAGCUGGCCCUUACAGACACGCCCUCAACAGCGCCGCCCUGCCAGCAUGCAUCGGGACAAAGAUGACCCUGCCAGCAAGAGACCAAGGCUGCAAGCACAGAGGAAGUUUGCCCAGUCCCCUCCCAGCUCUCCAGGACCACCACUGUUGAUGACAUCAGCACGGAGUAACCACAGCCACAACCUGGCCGUAGUCACCUGUCUGACCCGGCGUCGACCCAAGACUGAGGAUUUCUUGUCUUUUCUCUGUUUGAGAGGUUCAGCAGCGUUGCCUAGCAACAUGGCCUUCUUAGCAAGUGGACGAGAGAAGGAGCCAGCUGACUCUCAGCAUCUUACUUCCUGUCUUUCCACCAAUCACAGGACUGCAGCUGACGGGAAGAACAUGAGCAUAUUCAGUAGAACAACAGUGCAACAGGACUCUAGGUCUCUGAGAGGGAGGCCUGGAAGCUCUGCAGCAGUCAGCUCUUUCUGCCCUCUAACUGCCCGAGCACAAAGCAGAAGAGAGAGAGAGGAGAGAGAGGAGGAACAGCAGAGGAGGAGGAGAGAGAGGAUGGAGGAGGACAGAAGAGAGGGAGCUGAGAGACACCUCCUGAGACCUCGCCAGCUCUCCCUACAGGUCAGGAGGGCUAACAAGGUUGCCAUGGUGACUGGACUUGCUCAACAAAGAACCUCCUGUGUAAGGUCAGUCCCUCCCUUAAAGCCUAGCGCAGGGGUUGGCAGCAGACGAUCCCCCAGGCCCUGCACAAGGCCUAGCAAUACCUGUAAACCAAGAGGCCAUACCCAAAGCAGACCCCAGGAAACCAACAACAAACACCUCUCCCGGAACAGCAACCACCAGCUGCCUCGCAAACAGCACCACCGAAAGGUCUCUAACUACUAUAGCAAUUCCAAGACAUUCAGUAGUCUCCAGAACUCAGGAAGAAAUCCAAGCAGGACUCCAGCUCAAAUACCAUUGACUAAUGGGUCAGUCAUCAGACAGCUAAGUGAGAACUCUGGGAUCCUGAGGUUGUCAAGAAGGAGGAGAGGCCUCCCACCAGACACCAGCCCUGCCCCUCUGAAUCGUGUUCCUUUGGACAACAACUCAUCCAAGAAGUGCAGAACAUUGGAGUACAACAAUGGUGAUUUCUCACUGGAGAGUCACUGCCCUGUUGGUGAAAGCAUACAGAAGGAGGCCAACAGUGAUAAAGAUGUUGAACAGGAGUAUGUGAGCCAUAUGGGUAAAACCACUGGCAGCCAUGAUGAAGAACUUAGACAAGACAGAUGUUGCUGUGUUGGAGAGAUGAGAAUUCAGAGGGCCACUUGUGUUAGGGAAGAAAUACAUGACAAGGCAAAUGUUGGAACGUUGAGUUUGGUGAGCGUCACUGCUCUGGAACCCUCUCAAGAAAGGAUUAACCUUACCAAUGUCAUCACCAACUAUGACCUCAGCCCUGUCAGCGAUGUCAUAUGCAGACAUGUGAGAGAAAAAAGGCUCCAGAGAUAUCAAACUACUUCAUCCACUAUCCCUAAGCCAAUUACCAGGACUACUGAUUCUAGGACUGUUGCCAGAGCCGCUGCUGCUAGGACUACUGUAACUAAAGCUGCUAUCAACUCAGUGACAUCUACGUACAUACACACUGACCCACCAGGCAGUUAUUCUGUAAAGCACACUGCUAAGGGAACUAACAGAGGUACUGGCAAGGACAUUACCAAGUUUACUUCACCAGCCAGCAGUUACUCUAUCCAUAAUUCUAAAGGUGCUGCAAAAGACUCUUCCAAUUGUACCACAGAAGACUUGACCAAGGACAAUGCACCUGUCAGUAGCUACUCUAUCACUUCCAAGGACUCGAAAAAGGGCCUUACCCAGACCAAGUCUACUACCUCAGUUAUUAAGACCAGGACCAGCCCUAGAAUCCUUUUGAAGCGCUAAUUAACAUCUUAGCUACAUCUGAAAACGUUCACAGAUUCACUAUUCACUAUAUUGAGAACUGAUAUUAAAGACUAUUAGAAAAAUAUUUUAAACAACAUUGGAUACUGUUGAUCAUAUUCAAUGCAUGAUGAUGGUUGUUGGCUGGUGGGAUAGCGAUGUAGUGACUAUGGCUUGUUCUCUACAUUUGUCAGUGAUUGUUGUGGGGUCAUUUUAAAAAUAAACAAAUAAUUGGAAGACACAGCAUAAUGGCAGACAUGUUGUAUAGUGGACUGUAUAGUAAAAAGUCAUCGAUUUCUGAUACUUUCCUGAUGAAUCUGAAAUGGUAGUUUGAUAUUUUUUAUUAUUCACAAGGAAAAGGCGCUGGUUUUAUCAAAGCACAUACAUUAACUUGAGUCAGUCUGCUGAACAGUUUUCAGUAGCUAACCUAGAGAAAGCUGUCACGCAUACGGCUGUAUGCCUUUCCUCUGGUGCUUUUUGGGAGGUCUUUGGCAGUUAGCUUACAAUACAGUCCCUAGAAUCAACAUACCUACAGCCAUUUCAUUUAAACGGGAGUAAUCUGUUCAAGGUCGUCUAGAUCAAUAACAUAAAAGUCAUAAGGGUUAUUCACCUAAAAUCCUCCCCAGAAUUGAAGGAUAGGUUCAGUUUUUUUAAGGUCUGUCUUAAAAACAUACUUACAUGAAAAAUGAAACAGGAUUUACUUGUGGUAAUCUUUCCUCCUGUUCAUACUGUACAUUAAAAGAUCCUUUCUGAAAUUGAUUUCAGUAUAAGCGAUCGGAGACAAAAUCCCCAGUUCCUUGCAAAGUAACUGUGUCUAACUCAGACUGCUGAACCCUUAUAUUAACUUGAUGUAAACUUUGGAAUGUAUGUUUGAACAGAACAAAGAGCGUGGCUGUUCCUAUCAUUUUUCAUUGAAUUCAGAUUAAGAAAGGUUGGAGGAAUGAUUACGGCAAACAAACCCUGUAUCAGCAUUCAUAUGGGCAUGCAAGUAUUGCUUUGAGACUGAGUUGAAAAAAUGUGAACCUGUCCUUUAAGAAUUCAGCAGCACAUACCAUAACUACAGUGGAACUAGAGACCAUCUUGCGAUGGGAUUACACCAGCCUCGAUGGCUGUCAACAUGUUGCUGUUCUGACCCAUGGGUACUCAGUAGUCAUUACUACAUUAUUACAUGAGCUUAUAUUUAGUUUUGUUAGUAUUAUU